AUCUUUUGGCCAACGUUAGAAGUGUGCAGCUGCCAGUGAUGUUCCAAAAACAUAAAGAUACUUGAGAAUAAAGCUGAAGAAUUGUGCGCUAUGUGUGCAAAUCAAAGGAAUGCUAGUUUGAACAUGUGUUGCUGGAGAUGAACUCAAUGCACAACAGUUUUGGUGGUGGUGGUGGGGGCUAUUCAAGCCCCUACCCUGGUUACAUGCCUCCUUCUGCCCUCCCAUACUACAAUGGCUACCCAGCAGACUUGGCCUCUCAAGCUCCCAGUGCUUAUUAUGGCAAAUCCCCUGCAGCUAUGGCUGGCUACUCUGCUGGAAUGGCAGGAUAUUCAACUCCAAAUCUGAACAAUUCCAUGUAUUACCAGCAAUAUGGGCUUGGAUAUCAGUAUGGAUAUGGCAAGUAUGCCCUAGGAGCUGGGCUUACACCUACUCUAGGCUAUGGCUCUGAACUUGGAGGUGCUGCAAGUAUUGCUCCAUCAUCUCUUGGUGGACUCCAGGCUCCCACAACAGACUUGGGGCUCACAGGGUCCAUGUUCUCAAAAGGAAGUGGCAGCAGUGGAAGCAGCAACAACAAAUAUUCUGCCCUUGGUAAUUCCUCACCUCAUUCAUUACUACCAUCACACACAAAUUCUUCUAUGAGCGCUGCCAUUGCUCCUUCUCACAGCCCUCAUAGUUUGUCCAGCUCUCUGAGAGGCCAUAUUGCUACUCCAAGUCCGCCAGUUGAUCACGGUGAUUGCAAGAAAGAUUUGGACAAAAUGCGUCGCUGUCAGCUAUGUGGCCAAGUAUUCAGAUUGAUGAGUGAAUGUUUAGCUCACAUGAAAGCAGUCCAUGAGGCACCCAUGUCCAUGUAUGGGGUACCACAUUCAAGUCAUACGAGCCAGUCACUUGUACCUCCUCAUAUGGCUACACAUAGCCCAGGACGGCCAUCAUCUCUGUCCAAUGCUCCUGAUAGCCCAUUGAUGGCGCUGGAGCGCAUGGGCUGGGGCAAAGAUCAAAAUGUGAUGCCUUCAUUACACUCAUCGUCUCCUUUGUCACAAACUUUUGGUGCAUCCAUUCCAUCUCAGCAGUCUAUGUCAUCACAUCAGCUUAACAUGAUAUCUAAUUCUCAUUUGCCUGACCCACGUUAUGGUGACCCAUCUCAGCAAUCAGCUAAACGGCUCAAUGAUUUUUACAAUUCAUGCACUAAUCAAACAUCUUCUCACCAAGAUCAUCAAUCUGUAAUUGAGCAGAGUCUUCAUCAUGCAAGUAUUUCUAGUAGCUUUAAAUCUCGGAAAUCUUCCUCAUAUUCUGUAUCAAGUAUUAUUGGUGAGAGCAGUGAUAACAGGCAUGAUCGGAGGGACAUGCUUGAGAGAGGUGGAAUAGGAUCUGUUGAUCCUCCUCAAACACAUUCUCCAAGUCUACCUCCUAGUCUAACUCCAAAUUUACCAAUCACUUCAACUCCAAACCUCCCACCAAAUCUAUCACCAAACCUCCCUCCACAUAUUCAUCAAUCAUAUUCUUCCUCGGUGCAUUUACAGAGCUCGCAGCCUCCUCAGCUUGCUCCUAAUACUCCGUCAAUACCGCAGCAUACAAACCACAGCAGUCACAUGCAUCUAACUCCACCAUCUCUGUCACCUAGUUAUGGGUCCCAAACUGCCACAACCUCAGUUCAUUCUCCUCACAAUCAUGAUGCGUAUCAUAGCCACGCGCCCAUUUCCGAGCCGCAUUCAUCGACGCCCAUUACAAACAGCAAUGAUGUUUCUCAGCCCAUUCCUAAUUCUUAUCAUUGUUCUAGCAGUUACACUGAAAAUGAUACUCAGAAGGAUUUGAAUGAGACAACGUCUCAUCAGUCAUCAACAAACAGACAUGCAUUGGAAGAAUGCAACGCAAAUCAAAAUCAUAAUACUCCAGCACAUUUGUACCAGCCAGACCAGAAGCAAAUUGUGCCUACAUCUGAAAAUUCAACUCGCAACUCUCCCAUCCGUGAACAUCAUGAAUCAAAGUCACCUUACGUUCCUCCUUCAUGUGAAGCAGAUGAAUCUCAAUGCCAGGCAUCCUCUGAGGCAGCAACUAAUGGCUCGCAGGAAAGAUGUGAAAUGCCAACUUAUGAUCAGAAUGAAUUUAAGAAUAAUGAAACUGAUUCUCAUGGAAUAGAUAACGAUGUUCGCUCCCUGAGUGAAGCUGCUCAUAGUGAAAGAAAUAAAAAAAACUGCACUAAAGCUGAACAGGAUAUUUCUGAGACUUCGGCAGAAGUUGUAGAUAACUGCCAGGAACAAAGUCAUGAUGAAGCAGAAUCAUCUGGAGUGCUCUAUUCGCAACCUGAAAAUCUUACAACUGAGGUAAGCAAAGAAAGCAAUGCUGGGAUCCCUGCUUUGUCAAAUUUCAACGCAGUAGAAAGUCACAGUUCCCAAGAAGUGCGCGAUGAGAUAGUUGAGGGCGGUAGUUCUGUGGCAGCAGAUGAUUUAAAAGAAGCUUCUGCUAUGAAUGAAGAUAACUAUUCAAGAGCUGAAGAUCCAAGGCAGGAACCUGAGGUGCAGUCAACCAUUGACCAGGAGGAUGUGUCUUCUUCGGGAAUGUCGAACCACUUGCAUGACGAUCAAGUCGAAAAUGAUGCUCCCCUUGGAGACAAUUUGAAUAUGUCAGAAGCUGCAACAGAACAGGCCGAAUAUUCCCAUGCCACACAAUAUCCCUGUAACAAUGAGAUGGAAGAGUUCAAAUAUACUGUGUAUACGUCUGAAAAUGAAAGGAAGAAUACCUCUCCCGUGGACAAUUCCCAAGAUCUCAGUGCUGGUGUUGCGGAAGUUCAAGGCAGCACUUCCAGCCCUGUUAAUCCCUAUUGCAGCACCGAUGCUGAACAACCUGUGCAAAAUGAAGGCAUAGCAAAGGGAGAUCAUAAUGCCAAUGAAUCGAAAUAUGGUUGCGAGAUCUAUGAUGCUAACAAGACUGCAAUGCCAAGUGAAAGAGAUUCGCUGGAACACAAAACGCCCCCUGGGACUUGUAGAUCGGUACCUGAUGAAUCUGCAAAUGAAGAAGUUCAACAUCCAUCAGCUGGUGAAGAGGACAUAGGUGACGAGGAUGAACCUGGGGACCCUCGGCACAACCUUCAAGAUUCAUCAGCAUCUCCAGGAUCAAACGCCCAUCAAGCUUCAUGGCCCUCCACUCCGACUGGCGUUCAUGUUCGUGCAUGCCCUUCGCCACAGAUGUGCAAAAACGUGCCACCUCCUCCUGCAACUCCUCCUCAAUCUUCUGUUGCGUCUCCUCAUCAUUCAGAGCAGUUGAGCCCUUACCAGCAACAGUACUAUGGACAGCAGCAGAAAUCUCAAGGUGCAGAUUAUAAUGACAAGACUGGACUGCCUCAUCAAUCUCCAUCGAAGCAACAACAACCUGGCCCUUACCGAGGGUCGUGGCCUGCAGGGUAUCCUUCAACAGGUAAUUCAAACAGUGGAGGCAGUAGCGCGUACGGCUAUCACCAACAGCAGUACGCUUCUCAACAAAAUUGUGGUGCAUCUUCGCCCAUGAUGAGCCCUCAGUCUGGAAGCCCUAACAACAAAAUACCUGGCGCGUCACCAUACCCAUCUCAUUCCAGGUACCCGAAUCAAUACAUACCCAGCGGAUUUGAUAACCGCCGUCCCAUGCCAAAUUCGUAUUCAGGUCAGGGGCAUUGGUAUCCUGGACCUGGUCGAGGUGAUGGUAAAUCAGCUUGGCCUUCCUGGAGCUCUCCGCAAGCUCAAGGUUACUCGCAGUCUUAUUAUUAUGGAAGUAACGCUCCAGGAAAUUGCCCAGUUGCGCCUCACCCAUCUCCUUCUGUCGUGAAGUAUCCCCUGCAUCAGACCUCACCUCUGUCACUUCCCCUGAAACCUAGAGCUACUGAGCCUCCUGUAGUAUCACCUCAGCACAAUCUCAUGCCUAUUAACGAACCUCCAAAAUCUAGCGGUGCUUCAGGAAAAAAGAGAGAAGCUCAUAAGCAAGAGAACCUAUCUAAUGCAAAGUCUACCAGCAAUGUUGAAAAACCGCGGAAGAAACGUGCCCGACCUGGACCUAAAAGCAAAGUAGAUCACAAGGACCAGCAGCCUCUUCCCCAAUCUCAACCACAAAUCGAACCACCUGUCGAAGACAAAAGCUUGCAAGAUACCUCAACGUCCCAGCCAGACGGUGUUGUCAUACCAGUGAAUGCUGAUGUUCUAACUCCCCCUACAACGUCAGUAGAAUCUUCUGAUUCUUCUGACACGGAUGUUGAUGAAUCUCCAAAACUUGCGGUUCUGAAGCCAGCCAAGCGUUUUAGAGGACCUGACGGAUCUUUUGUUGGUCCCAAAAGAGUGAAGUUGGCAAAGAUGGUAAGACAGCGUCAACACACGCGGCAAAAAUUAAUUGAAGAUCAAAUUAAGCAAUCAGAGUUGGAAGAGCAGCUGACGCAGCAAUGGGUAGAGAUGGCAUCUGAACAAGAAGGCCCCUUGGCUAACGUGCUUCUGAAAUCUUCUUUGCUGUUGGAAGAUCAAAACGUUGAUGAGCCUGAAGCAAUGGAAGAGCGAAUAGCCACCAUGACCGCCCAACUACAACAUUCUGAUUCCAUGGAUCCUGACGCACCGAACUCUCGAGAUAAGAGCUCCCUCAGUCAAAGUGCAUUGCUUGCCCUUAAGAAACCCGUGCGAAAAAAUGCUGGUCAUAAAGUGCUUCAUAACUACAAUUCGGUCGUCAUCCGCACGUUGAAGAAAGAGAAAUUUGUGCCAAAGUUACGAGCAAAAGACUUCAAAUGGAGUCACUACAUCAAGUCAAUGAGGUAUUGGUGUAAGGAUUGCGGUCACGGUUUCAAAAAUCCAAAAGAGAGUCAACAGCAUGGCGAAGAGCAGUGUAAGGCUAACUGCUUGUACAUGCUUGAGUGUUACGUCAGUGUGACGGACAUCGUGCAGCACAAACUCUACGGCAAUAAGGUGGAGGAAUUAUUAGAAGAAUAUCAAGUGGAUGGCGAGCACAAGUGUGGUCGCUGUGGCACCAUUGUGUUGCGUAAAGCAGAUUUCUUGGUGCAUUUGGACACGCACAAGGACUUCAUGCCUUGGGAGUGCACUAUUUGCGGCACGCGCUUCAAGAUACGAGGUUCUCUGAAGGAGCACCUGCGCUACACUCACAUGAAGGGCCGCGUGCCUUGCCUCAAAUGCAAUAAAGUCUUCCCGACUUCCACUCUCCUCAGACAACAUGUCAAAGUGCACACGCAGCACUACAAGUACAGCAGGACUGGCAAGCACCGAGAAGAAGACCUGCGGAUGGCGAGGGAGGCAAUCGACGACGCGGACGACGCCAGCAUCCCCAGUGAACAGCUGUCGCACGAAGCCAACGAGUACCGCAACUGGUGCAAGCUCAUGGAGCUCAACGCCAUGAAGAACAUCGCCACCUCCGACCUCAUCGACGCUAACAAGGAGGGUCUUGAUGCGUGUGCUGGUGAACUAUCAGGCAGCGAGGAGAACAAUAGUGUCAAUAAUACUAGUAAUGGUAGUACUACGCCUGCCUCGACUAUAGUUAGCUAGUAUCUACAUCUCCAAAGCCGAAAAAAUCAGGAGAAGGCGUCAGUGAUUAAAAAGCAAACUGUUCUUUUGUUUUGCCAUGAAUUCAGUGAUAGAAGAAUAAUAUUCAUCUUGCUUGCCAUUGUUACCAACUCACUCAAAGUUUUAGAUAUGUGGAAGUCUGAGUAGUCUCGCAGAAUCUCAGUAUAUACUGAAUAUCAAUAAUUAAAAAAAAUAAUCACCCCCAUGUAGGAAACCUUUCGAUUGAUAGCGUUUCAGCAGGAUAGCUCUGAAAUGAGUACGAGUGUAUGUGCAAUUAAGGGUGCUGAUGCAAGUUGAUGUCUUAACCGAAUUCGUCGCUUGCAUGGUCGCCCUAGAUUCUGCCGCAAUCGUAUGCGCAGAGCUUGUAUACCAUUCUGUAAGUAAUAGAUAGUGAAUAAUUGUAUAAAACGCACUUGUGAGUUGUGCUAUCAUCUAGACACUCAAUUCCGUAGUGGCUCUGCCGAUUGUUCAUGUUCUUCAUCUGCUUGUAGUUUUUCUGGGCCGCAUGCUUGUACAUUAAGCUUUAAAAUCAUCUCAAUACCGCCUCUAAGUGCGCCAAGUUGCUAACUUUCCUCGAGAUUGAAAGCCGACUAAGAGUUGGAAGUUAAUAACAUGAAUUAUUAUAACUGAGAUUAUUUUUAAAAAGGCUUUUUUUUUGGUCGUCUGCUCAUCUGUGGUGUACCGGCAUUGCUGAAUUUACGAAUCUCAUUGCGGUCUUUUUAUAAAUAUUUAUUAUAGUAAUUGGGGCAUUCCCAUUAGAUGGGUUUCUAUGUUAAUUUCGUUUCCAGAGGUAGAAGGAGCGCCACUCACUUCAGUGGUCAGUCAGUGUUGUGUAUUUGUGUAUUCGGUAAAAAUUGUCUUUCGUUAUGACUUAUUUGUUCAAGUUUGAAAUUCUCAGCCAUUAUAUGAUUUGUAUUCUCAAAUUUACCGAAUGGUUAUGUGAUUAUUUUACUAUCAUGUAAUUCUAUUUAUUGUUUAACUGUUAUUGUUUUGACUCUUGUUAUAUGUUGUUGAUUGUAAUCACCAACACAAUUGCGCGCUCUCUCUUCACGUUAAGCCUAUUUAAUGAUGCAGCCUUUGGUUCUUCUUGCUGGCUGAAUGCAUGUUGUGAUCUCUAUGUUAAGUUAUUUCAGAUUUGCAGCGGUUAUUAUUUUGAAAUUAUUUGCUCACUACAGCGCUGUGACCUGUUGUCAGGCCAGGCGAAAAUGACUUUAUUUUGUCGUAAAGAACUCCAUUACAACGAUAGCUACUCAAAAGCAGUUAUUAUAUGAUGUAUUCACACUAGAUUCACAAGUUCAUCACAUCAGUUCUCUCAAGUUUUCUUAAUACAGACCAAAUUUCGGUUCUAACUACUGCAUUUAAAAACACGUCUACAAUUAUAAUUGGGGAACCGAGUGUUGAGUCGCGCUAAAUUUUAACAGUUUUUAGCAAAUUGGAGCUUGUAGCUGACUAGCUUGCAGCACAGGGUAGCACCGCGACGUUUUUAACCCGACAAAUAUCUACAGACAGUAGAGAUAAUUUACAUGGCUUGAAUGAUCAAUACCCUUCGGCUAUUACUAGCGCAACUAUAACAGUCCCGAAUAUAAUAUUUCAAUCCCGAAUAACUAUUGCACUCAAUGGUAGUUUCUUCCAUUCCGAUUUUUUAUGGUAAGAAUGAGUCUCAAAAAAUCAAGUUGCAGGUUAAUUGUCGUCCCUAAAAUAUCUUAAUUUAGCUACUUGAUACUCAAGUUACUUGUGCAAUGUACACUUGUUAUGUGGUAUCUUACUUAUCUUGUUCUGAUGAAAUGAAGAAAUUGCAGUGUUUCGUUUUGAAGUUACGAUAGUGAAAGAACAGUCUCCAGUUUUCGAGUGGUAAGAACACAAAUAAUGUUCAUUGGUAGAAACAAUAUGGAAGUAUGAGGGUUGUACGGUGUCAGGUCAUAAACUUCUGUUGCGACCAGUGACGAGUCGUAAAGGUUUUACUUGGGAAUGAUACACGAACAUCACCAUUUCAAAAAUUUCUGUUCAAAUAAAAGAUGUGUUAUUUGGAAAAAUUAAA